AUGUGUAAGUGGACGAUCGGUUCUUCGAAGAAACAUUCUUCUCAGCAUGGGCCCCAGCUGACCUUCAUGACCACCUUCUGGGCAUCUAAAAACACCACGCAACAGUAUCAAGAAACCCAAGACUCUCAUUCUAUGCGAUGCAGGGCUAGUGUGACUUGUUUGGAUUGUUCGACCACUUUCAAUGGACCGGCUAGUUGGAAACCUCAUACGACUUGCAUCUCCGAAGCGGAGAAGUAUCAGAAAUCAGUCUACCAAGCCCCCAAAAAUAAGAAGUCCAAUGCCCAUCAGCAGCAAAUUCCUCCGAAACCCGAUUCGAAGGCUCCUCCCCCACCCGCUGCACCCGUCAACCUGCAAUCAACCGAACCGACAAUAGCCGGAUCUCCCGCUAUCGCCUGUGAAAAACCCCCCAGUAACGUCGGAGAAGCGGGCCCCAAAGAGCAGAAAGAAAAACGGAGCAAGAAAGAGAAAAAGCCGAAACCAAACGGUCACUCAGACACAGCAGCCGGAUGCCCCGUUGCCGCGCCCGAAAAACCUCCCAGUAAUGUCGAACAGCCCGUUACCGCCUCUGAAAAGACUUCUAGCAAUCUCGAACAAGUCGGCCCCCAAGAGCUGAAAGAAAAACGGAGUAAGAAAGAUAAGAAGCGGAAAACAAACGGGCACCCAGAUACAGUAGCCGAAUCGCCCGUUAUCGCCUCUGAAAACGCUCUUAGCAAGGUCGCACAAGCCGGCCCUGAAGAACCAAAAGAAAAGCGGAGUAAAAAGGAUAAGAAGCGGAAAUCAAACAGCCACCCAGACGAAACAGCCGAACCCCCCGUUACCGUCUCUGAGCAACUUCCCAGCACUGUCGAAAAAGCCGACCCUCAAGAGCCUCCACAAAAACGGAGUAAGAAGGAUAAGAAGCGCAAAUUGAAUAGUCUCCCAGAUGCAGCAGCCGAAUCCCCCGUUCCAGCGUCAGAAAAGCCUUCGAGCAACGUCGAACAACCCGUCGCCGCCUGUGAGGAACCUCCGAGCAAAGUCAAAGAAGCCGGGUCCGAAGAGCAUACCGAAAAACGGAGUAAGAAAGAUAAGAAACGAAAAUCAGACAGUCGCCCCCAUGAAGCAGCCGCAUCUCCCGCUGCCGCCUCGGAGAAACCUCCCAGCAAUGUCGACCAAGCCGCCCCCAAAGAGUCGAAAGAAAAACGGGGCAAGAAGGACAAGAAGCGCAAAUUGAACGGUCAGUAG